GUCCGAGGUGGUUUUUUAGACGGCUAGCAACGCAACAAGGGUCUACAACAAAGUUUUAGUUUUUUUAAUGUAGAGCAUCAACCACAACAAUUUGCAUCAAGUGAAAUUUAGAUAAACGAGACCCGCUACAACUAUCGAUCGUUUUUGUUCAUGAACUUUGAGGCCAUUGUCUAGAUUUUUGUGAUGAAAAGCGUACGGGUUUAAGUUUGACGAACGUUUUAGAUCCAGUGUUGCCGAAAUUCUAAAGUUCGUUGAAACUUCUUCUAGCAACGACCCGCAAAUAAAGCAAGUACAGCUGCCAACCCGCACGCAAAAUGUCCUUUAUUUCAUCAACAAACAUCAUUAUAUCGGCCACAUCAAUUUGUCCUUGAGUCUGACCCUGUUACUUACGCGACCUCGAAGACUUGUGCUGCAGUGUCCUGUCUUGUUUGCUAGAAAAACAUACCAUAUCAAAAGGACAAGACGGCGACCAGCAGCAUCAUGAGUGCGCGAUCGAAGAGUUGCAUGUCGGGCCCGAGUGUGGCCAUUUUGGUCGCUACGUCCGUCUUGGUGGGAUUGGCGGCAAUCUUCUUCACCGUGCCAAGGGCCGAACAUCAUCCAGGUAUACAACAAAUUGUAAAAGGUCGCUGCUUGCCGCGUAAUUCCGAUGAGUUAUAAAAUUUAUGACUUUCUUCUUCUUGUGCGUUAUUUCAUCCGUUUUUCUUUUUCCUCAUGCGCUUGUUGAGCAAGCGCGUGUCUUUCUAAUUUCGAGCAAAAACAAGAAAUUCAAAUUCGAUUUAUCUCCAAAAGUAAAUCACCAAAACAGUGUACCAGCACGGCCCGGACCCGGAGGAGGAGCAAGAUGCCUUCAACCAGAUCCGAGAUCCGACCGGCGAGGUAAUUUCCUUGAAGAACCUCGCGGCUCCGGUGGACGAGGACGAGGUGUCUCGAUUGACACUCGUAUUAAAUCCCAAAUACGUCUCUACGCUGCCAAAUCUGCGGGGCGUCGCCGCGCGGAUAUUACUCACCUUUUUGCACUGCGAGGCAGAUGGUGCUGACAAUGAUGGUCAAGAGCAGCAGUGCAAUAAUAUGCAGUCGCCCGUCGAUGGGGUCGUGCAGCAAAAUGCGGCGGCCGCAAGUCCUACUUCCGGUCAUCAACACCCACAUGGGUCUUCGCAUCACCACCCGACCUCGGCGGUCGUAUUAGCACCAGCAGGAGGACAGGGACACCAGCACAACCAUCACCACGGACCUGGUGCACCAGCCCCACCUCGUAACCACGGGCACAAUCAUCAAACGGCCGGGGGUGCCCCACCUGCGGCAAAUACUACAUGUUGCCACGGCCACACUACUGGUCCGCCGAAAUUUUCCCCGGAGUCGCAGACGCAGGCGUUCCAGCAAAAUUUACUAUGGGCGCUGCGGGACAGCAUUUACUCCACGCGGAUCACCACCCUCACGUGGGAUGUGAUGGUAACCUUUUACACGGAAACGCUCGAAGACAUGACGAAAACCACGACGACCACCGACUCGGACGGUGUCGAAAUCUCGGAUAUCGAGUUGACCGAAGAGGCGAAGAACACGUGGCUCAGCGAGGAGGAGGUGCACAGCAAGUCCGUCGAGGCCUGCAAGCUGCUGAUCGCGCGCCGCAAGUCGUGGGUGGUGUUUUUCGUGUACGACUUGUACCUGAUGGGCGUCAGUCUGAAGACGCCGAGCAAGAAGGAAACUGUGCGGAACCCGGAAACCGGCGUGGACGAAGAGGUGGAAGUGGAAAUUUCCCUGAAUGAGUACAAGAAAUUGAAGGAAAGCGAGUGGAAAACGUGGAACACCGAAAAGCCGUGGAGAAGUGCGCCUGCCGGCGCGGCCAUGGUGUUGAACCAGGCGAUGGCAGCUCCUGCAGAAGAUGACGAUUCUCUUGCUCCUGUCGCAGCCGCGACAGCCACUGCAGUGCAACCAGCCACCUUUGGCGCCGAGGGAUCUGAUCCCUCUGCCGGAAGCAGUGCCAGUAGACCUGCUGGCGCGACUGGUAGCAGCGGACCAGCUUCUGCGGACCCUGUGCUCGGCGGAGGAGCAGCGGGAGGUGCAAUAGGUGCACCUGCUGCACCGCCAGUUCCGACGCCUGGAGCAGGAGGAGAUGAUUUAUCUGCAGCAGCUGUUCCGCCUCCGCCGCCACCUCCAGCCGGGACAUCUACUCCGCGUUCUCGCACGUCCCGUGGUGGUCGUUCCCGCGCGUCCUCUCCGUCUCGCGGUAGUCCAUCAGGCGACAGCCCAAGCAACGAUGGUUCCGACGGCGAGCGUGCGGGAGCAGCACCAGGAGCAAGUGGCUCGGGGUCUCCGCGUCUUGCCCCUUUUGCAAACGACGCGGGGCAGCUGCGGCAGCGGAGGCCAACACCAACACAAACAGGUGGUAGCAAUUUCGCGCCGCCCGGCCCCGGUACAACAGGUGGGUGGCAAACGACCUGCUGCGGUGGAUCUUGCGGACCGUCUGCUUGCCGGGUGAUUGCAGGGACGCAAGAUCCUCUACCUCGUCAACAGACGUGUACAUUUAUUAGUCGGAGUUAUAAUUGGGGCAACGCAUCCGUACCAGUAAACUACACGGCACCGCAUCCCGAAGGCGUUUGCAGGGCUGGGUGCCCGCACAAUCAUGGCUCCCCUAGAGGACAAGCAGGAGGACUUGAGGAGGUCUGUCAACCCGCGCGGGCUGCAGCAAGUUUUUUGGCUUCUGGCACUGGCAGCAGCGCGGCUGGCCAACAACAUCAAGCAUCGCAGUUACCAUUGCUGAAUGCGGGGACAAACAAUGGGCAGCAGCAAGUAGUACAGGGUGCCGAACCAGAAGGAGAACCGGCGCCGCAACAAGGACCAGCACAGAUAAACGUGACCGCAUCUCCCGGGGCGGCGUCGUCCUGCGGUGGUUGUCCCAGUUGCGCAAACAGCACUUUCCCGCUGACGCCAAGCACCACCGCUGCAGGUGGAUCUCUUUCAGCAAACUCCACUCCAAGCUCCCCGGGGAGCGCUGUGGGACCGAUUCCCGCCAGCAUCGUUGCAGGGGGCGGUGGCUGCGGUAGUGGGACAUGCGGGCACAAUCACGGCGUUGUACCUCCCGCCCAACACCAGCAGCAAGCACCCGCCUCAUCUUCAGGCGCGGCAUCACCACCACCGCCAGCCGCAUCUCCCGCAGCUGCACCUUCUUCAGGCGGUAGUUGCCCGCACCAUCACGGCGGGGGUUGCUGCCCAGGGUAUGGGCAUCCGACCCCGGCGGCCGGAUCUACAGCUUCAGGUCCUGUUGCUUCAUCUCCGGUUGUAACUACUCCAGCCGCAUCUCCCGCAGCUGCACCUUCUUCAGGCGGUAGUUGCCCGCACCAUCACGGCGGGGGUUGCUGCCCAGGGUAUGGGCAUCCGACCCCGGCGGCCGGAUCUACAGCUUCAGGUCCUGUUGCUUCAUCUCCGGUUGUAACUACUCCAGCCGCAUCUCCCGCAGCUGCACCUUCUUCAGGCGGUAGUUGCCCGCACCAUCACGGCGGGGGUUGCUGCCCAGGGUAUGGGCAUCCGACCCCGGCGGCCGGAUCUACAGCUUCAGGUCCUGUUGCUUCAUCUCCGGUUGUAACUACUCCAGCCGCAUCUACCGCAGCUGCACCUUCUGGCGGUUGCCCGCACCAGCAUUCCGGGGGUUGCUGCCCGGGGCAUCCGCAUCAGACACCGGCAGCAGCAGCCACACCUGCCGCAGGAACAACGACGCCAGUUACUGCAUCUCCUGCUGCACCAUCUUCGGGUGGUUGUCCGCAUGGCGGCUCCUGUUGCCAUCAUUCGCAUUCCCCCGCCGCCGCACCGGCGGCCGCGCCAGCAGCGGGGACAGGCGGCGCGUGCCCGCACGGCGGAGCGUGUGGUGGCCACCAUCACGGGCCAGCAACU